AUGACUGUAUAUCUCGUGAUACUUGACCCUUUAAUAACGCUACAAUUCGUAGUAUUCGUGCUGGAACUGUGGGCUGGAUUCAAGGCUCUGAACAGUGCAGUUCUUCAGACGGUCGCGACAGAAAAUAGCUCAUGUGUGGUGGCUACACUUCUGGGCCUCUCAGGUACACCACCAGGUAGUACAUUGGGCAACCUCCACAAUCUGCGAUGGACACAUCUGCUACUACGCAGGGCUGCGGAAGUUCUACAGGAUCAUUUCGGAAUGACACUAGCACUGGACCUCUCUUUUACCAUAUCUGGGAUCAUCUGCAGCUCGCACGAGAUAAUCGUAGCCAUGAGCCGCGAGAAAGAGGUGGGCGGCAUCCUGUACGUCGGGGCGACGCGCCAGUCGCUGCUGUGGCUGGUGCUGCACGCGUGGAAGCUGUCGGCGCUGACGCUGUGCUGCUCGGCGGUUUCCACGGAGGCGGCGGCCACGCGGCUGCUGCUGCAGAGGGCGUUCGCCUUCCAGAGCACACCGAGUCCCCAGCUGGGGGCGCUGCUGCGGCUGGUCGCACUCAGUCCACGGCUCCGCUUCACCGCCGCGGGGUUCGUCAACGUCGACCGUGGCUUGCUGGUGUCCGCCCUAGCUGCGGCAGUCACCUACCUGGUCUUGCUGACUCAGUUCAGCGGGAGCUUCUGA